AUGGCUGACGACGCAAGUACCAUUCCUCCGACGUCAGUGCCCACACUGAGUGUAGCCAUCCUGCCCGUCGGACACCCUCCUCUUCAGCUGCCUACCUGUCUACAUAGCAUCUACCAUGCUUGGACGUCCAGCCAGGGCGCUGCCCUCUGCCAAGAGCCACUUGCCCUGUGCGAGCUCCAGGCGGCUCUGACGCGAGGGAAACGCCGCAUCGCACCAGGAGCAGACGGUGUAGUGCCACAGAUGCUCCGCAACCUGGCCGCCAGCGAGCAACAGCGCCUGCUCGAGUGCUUCAGUGAGAUCUGGCAGUCAGGGCAAGUGCCAGAGGCAUGGCGCAGAGCCAUUGUGGCACCCAUGCUCAAGCCAAGAAAACCAGCUAGGGAACUGUUAUCCAACCUACCGGUCUCCCUCACCUCCGCUGCCUGCAAGGUGAUGGAGGCCAUGGCUCUGGCACGACUGCACUGGGUGGCCCGUGCUCGCGGCUUCCUGGCAGACCAACAGACGGGCUCCCGGCGGCGGUGGUGCACUGCGGACUCCAUCGCUGACAUGGUGUCCACCCUGGAGGACGCCAAGGCCGGCGGGGACCUCGUGAAGCUCUUGCUGAUCGACGUACAGGGUGCUUUUGACAGCCUCGCUCACGCAGUUUUCCAGCAGGGCCUGCACCUCCUCGGCAUCUGUGGCAACCUACGGGAGUUCCUCUCGUCGUUCCUGCGCAAUCGCACCCUCAGGCAUCGGCCUUACCAUCUCGGCCAGGAAGACCGAGGCCCUGCUACUGCAUCCCAGAGAAUCAGCCCACCGCUCAGCUGCCCGGCUGAGCUUGGAGGGCGUCCGAUCUCAUGGAGCAAGGCAGUCACCUACCUGGCGCUGCGCACUGACCAUCGGCUAACCUGGCUGCCGGCUACCAAGGCCCUGUGCACCCAGGCGCUUGGGGUCCGCAAGGCAAUCUCACAGCUCCUUGCCCGUGGACAGGGUUGUACCACCAGGUGGGCCCUGCAGCUAUUUCAAGCUGCAGCCAUUUCACUGCUACUGUAUGCCCUCCCUCUUGUGGCGCUGCCCCUACCCCGCCUGCGGAAACUGGAGCUGCAGCACCGGUCAGCAGUACGGCUGUGUCUUGGCGUUCCCCAAACCUCACUUUGGCUGAGGCAGGUGCCUGGCCCCUGUGAUUACUGCUCCUUCAAAAGGGGCUACGGCACAUUGAUCGCCUACAUCAUGCCGCAGAUGGUCAAGCACUCCUGA